AUGGGCAAUUAUUGUAAAGAGAUUUGUAAUGAGCCUGAGAUUUAAGUUGUAAGAUUAAAUGAUUUUGAAUGCACGCCCUAAUCAGUGCGUUCUAGAAGGAGCCAAAAUUAGAAAGGCUACUUCACAGAAUGUAAAGAACCAGUCCUUCAUUUAUAUAAUAAUACUUAGAAAGAAAAACGUCCUCCUUAUCGUUACUCCACAGAAGGAGUAUAUGAAGGAGAAUGGGUAGGAAACUAAAGAGAAGGAUUUGGAAUUAUGACUUGGCCAGGUAAUACAUGAUAUUUGACCUAUUUGCAAGAUGGAGCUAAAUAUGAAGGUGAGUGGAAGGAUAAUAGAGCUAAUGGUAAUGGUAAAUUUUGGCAUAUAGAUGGUGAUACUUGUAGGUUUAUUUUGUUUUUAUUAGAUGAAGGAGAAUGGAAGGAUGAUUAGACACAUGGCUAUGGCAUAUAUGUACAUGUUAAUGGAGCUAAGUAUGAAGGAUAUUGGAAGAAUGACUUAUAAGAUGGAUAUGGUAUUGAAACAUGGGCAGAUGGUAGCAAAUAUCAGGGAUCUUAUGUAUUGGGCAAAAAGUAAGGUUAAGGGAAAUAUUAUUGGCCAGAUGGCAGUUAUUAUUAAGGAGAUUGGAAGGAGAACAAUAUAAAUGGUCAUGGUACAUAUUACUGGUAAGAUGGACGUUAGGUAAUUUAAUUAUGUAUAAAAUAGUAUAUUGGUGAAUGGUAAGAUAAUUGUAUGCAUGGUAAAGGAUGUUAUAAAUGGAAGGAUGGUAGAUCAUAUUACGGAGAAUUUGUUUAAGAUAAAAGACAUGGAUUUGGAGUUUAUGAAUGGGAAGAUGGAAGGAAAUAUGAAGGAUUAUGGAAAAAUGGGAAACAGAAUGGUGAAGGAAACUAUUAUGAAUCAAAUAGUAAAAUGAAGAGAGGAUUAUGGGAGGAUGGGAAAAGGAUAAAAUGGUUAGAUGAGUGA